AUGUCUGACACCAUCACCUUCGUCACCGGAAAUUCCAAUAAGCUUAGAGAAGUGGUCCACAUUCUCUCCCAUGGCGCUCCACCUUCUAAUGACGGGUCUCACAAGGUGGGCAAGUUCACAGUUGUAAAUAACUCCCUCGACUUGGAAGAAGUUCAGGGGACAAUCGAAGAAGUCACCAUUUUCAAGGCCAAGAAGGCUGCUGAGCUCUUGCAACGCCCAGUUCUAGUGGAAGACACAUGUUUGGGCUACGAUGCGCUCAACGGCUUGCCUGGUCCAUACAUCAAGUGGUUUGUGGAGUCCUUGGGGUUAGAGGGUAUUGUCAAGCUCUUAGCAGGCUUUGAUGACAAGUCUGCAAAGGCAUACUGUACAUUUGGCUACUGCAAGGGCCCAGGAGAGGAUGUUGUGUUGUUCCAGGGGGUCACCGAGGGCACCAUCGUGCUGAAAGCCAGAGGGCCAACCGACUUCGGGUGGGACGCCGUCUUCCAGCCAAAGGGCUACACCGAAACCUAUGCUGAAAUGUCCAAGGAGACCAAGAACUUGAUUUCACACAGAUACAGAGCUUUGGACAAGGUCAGAACUUUUUUGUUAGAGCAGUCUGAGUAG